CGUAACAUCACGGAAGAGUGAUAACCACACAAAUAUAGUUUGCGCAACGAACUUUGUUCGCUGCCGUGGUGGAAACGAUAUGGUAUCAAACUCACAAAGUAUAUAUUUACACUUGACAAGUCGUCGAAGACCUUUGCAUCGCUGUUUGUGUAUGACAUGUGACAUUUGAGUGUGAUGGAAGUGUAAACAGCAAAUAACAGAAAAUAUUUCGUCGUGUUAUAUAUCGUCGAAGUUACAAUCUGAUGAAAGUAAGCUGUAGGAAAAGUGAAUUAUUUUGUGUCCGCUGAUGCAGUGCUGGCAAAAACAUUACUUAAGUGAUUGAAGAUCACAAUGCAGUGUUCAUUGAUCAUAUUGGCCUGCUUUUCACUGUCAUUGCUGAAUGAGGCUGCAAGUUCUAGAAUCUUCCAGAGAGGGAGACUCAGAGGUGGGCUUCUUGGAGAACCUAAUGUCAACUACUCAGAAACAUUGCCACCAGAUGAAUGGUUCAUUCAGCAGUUGGAUCAUUUCGAUCCCACAAAUAGAAGAACAUGGAAACAGAGAUAUUUCACAAAUGCAUCAUUUCAUCAGCCAGGGGGGCCAGUAUUCCUUAUGAUUGGUGGUGAAGGCAAAGCAAGUCCUUUGUGGAUGGUAACUGGUCAAUGGAUUACGUAUGCUAACCAAUACAAUGCCCUCUGUUUCCAAUUGGAGCAUCGAUAUUAUGGAAAAAGUCAUCCUACUCAGGAUCUGUCUGUAAAAAAUCUUGUAUAUCUAAGCAGUGAGCAGGCACUUGCUGAUAUUGCUUACUUUAUUGAGGGUAUGAACAAGAAGCAUAAUUUAACACUUGGAACAAAAUGGGUUGUUUUUGGUGGAUCAUAUCCAGGAUCAUUAGCUGCUUGGGCAAGAGCUAAAUAUCCUCAUCUAGUUCAUGCAGCUGUCUCUGCCAGUGGUCCCCUGCUUGCAAAAUCAGAUUUUGGAGAAUACUAUAGAGUUGUUAGCGAUGCCUUAGCUACCUCUAGUGCUGACUGUGUAUCAGCUGUGGAGCGUGCCACUGCACAAAUUUCUAUAAUGCUACAACAUAUGGUGGGGCAACAGACAUUAAAUAAAAUGUUCAGGUUAUGUGAUCCAAUAAACCCUAAAAUAAAAAAUGACUUGUCAAACUUGUUUGAGUCAUUAGCAAGCAAUUUUGCUGGAGUUGUUCAGUACAAUAAAGACAAUCGUCAGUUUGAAGGUGCCAAAGCAACUAAUAUUACAAUUGAUGUUGUGUGCAAUAUCAUGGUAAAUGAUAGUAUAGGGCAGCCUGUCUCCAGAUAUGCUGCUGUAAGUUCAUUACUGUUAGACGCGUAUGGCCAGGAGUGCCUCGAUUACAAGUACUCCAAAAUGAUUGAAGAAAUGAAAGCCAUUGCUUGGGAUAAUGAAACAGCAGAAGGAGGUCGUCAGUGGACAUAUCAAACAUGCACAGAGUUUGGAUUUUACCAGACAUCAAGCAAAGAACCAAAAUUAUUUGGAGAUAACUUCCCAGUCGAUUUCUUUAUUCAGCAAUGCUCAGAUAUCUUCGGCCCUAAGUAUAAUUCUGAUUUCCUAAAGGCUGUCACUUACCGUACUAACACACUGUAUGGAGCCUUUGCACUGCAGGCAACCCGUGUUGUGUAUGUACAUGGUUCAAUAGACCCUUGGCAUGCACUGGGAAUUACACACACUUUACUAUCAGAUUCUCCUGCCAUCUUUAUACAAGGAACUGCACAUUGUGCAAAUAUGUACCCCAGUGCCCCAAAUGAUCCUCCGCAGCUUAUAGCAGCAAGGAAGAAGGUUGGAAAUCUCAUAGGCAAGUGGCUGCUGCAGUAGGAUUGAAUAACUGGUCGAAGAACAUUUGGUAAAUGGCUUCUGGCUGUACAUAAUUCUUGUGGAGCAUCUGCAGUAAAAGUGAAUGCUUAGACUAUGGAUGAAAAAAGCUUUUGUAAUUAUUUUGGCAAACUUUUUUUUUCUUUUUAUUCUGGAGAAUUAGACUGCAUAGAUUCUUGGUGCAUGGCAUUCAUUGUCCAUUGCCUGCAUGCUCUCUGUUACUUGUCUGCAAAGACAGAGCUGUGAUAUUUUGAUAUUUGAAGUCAAUAAAUAAUCUGCAUGUUCUUUUAA